UAAAUGCCGUCAAAUUAAAGUCUUAGCUUGGCCACACUUCCAGCAGUCGAAAAAAUAUGUAUACAAUUAAAUGAAAAUACAAUAUGAGUUUUUGUAAUAAGUAACCAAUAUGAAUAAUUGCGUUGUUGAGGUGGAGUACGAAUAUGUUGUGUUAAAAAUUAAUGGUUACGAUAUUAGUCAUUUGCCAAGGUAUGAAGCGGUUCAAAAGUUCCUUCAAGCUAAAGAAACCCUAGUAGUUGAACUGUGCAGACAGAAGCACAAUGAAUUAGAUUUAAUGUUAGAACCAGACGCCAAUACCAAACUAUCAGAUGUGGACAAAAUCGAUCCGAUUUUGCAAGUAAAUACCUGCGAGCCAGUCUUUUCUACCCUACUAGCGAAACCAGUCGAAGCAGCCCCAUCAGCGUCCACAAGAACUGCCAGUGCCUCUCAACAAGUGGAUUCCACCCCCUCGACAAUUCCUGCAGCUUCGGAAGUAAUCACAACAAAGAAUCCUGUUAUCUUAACUCUGCGUGCUUUAAGCCAUGAAGAACGGUCAGGUCGCUCCGGAGUUUUUGCCGCUUCGAAGGAAACGCAGACCCAUACCUCGAUCCAAACAGACGUCUUGAAAGAUCACGACAUAGUUCAGACUCUGACCGACCACUUUAUCGAGCAGGAACACCACUUGUUCGAACAAUGUUUGGAGCCGGAAAUCGAUAUUGAGGAAGUAACGCUCAUUAAGGCGGUUGAAAAUGCAAACAGUGAUCAAAUUGGGCUCCUUGUUUGCUCCUCUGGAUUUCAAUCGACAAACAUCGAUACGAAUAAAUGUGAUGUAGUGUGCAAUGAUUCAGAGCACUGCGAGGAUGUGUUUAUCAGUGGUAUACAACCGGAAAGUAUAGCCCAUCGAGAUGGUCGCCUACGACAGGGUGAUCAGAUACUACGUGUUAACGGUGUGGAUGUGAAAAACCAGGACGAGGUAGAAGCACAGAUAGCGGAUAGUAGCACCGCAGUAACGCUCCUAGUUAGUCGAAUUCUAUACCCUGAAGACGAGGACGACGAAGAUAUUAAUUUUGAAUACGCGAAUACAUUUUUACCAGAUGACUACACAAAUGUAGUGGAUAAAUUGGACAAGGUUCUAAUAAGUCACGUUCAAACUUUUGAAGAAAUAUCCAAUGAAACUAGUGGGCAUCCUGCCAAAUGCUGUCACUCGCCAUCUGAUCAGCAGCCAUUAGAUUCCAAUGUCAAAAUAUCUUCGUUGCCGAAAAAAAUGAUUGACCAAUCUAUAAAGUCGUGUAGUAAAAUAAAACUUCAUCCAGAUGCAACUUUGGACCAUCGAACAACUUUGAAUCAAUCUUCAAGCGAAAGUCAAGUACAAGUCCAAUACGAGUACGACGAAAGCGAGCACAUCUACGAGACCAUUCCAGAAGAUUCCGAGUCUGAACCACUUUACUGUUCACCGUAUCAAAGUUCAAACGGCAAAACUUCAAUGGGUUCCUGCUCAUCCGCACUAGCGGCGACACCGGCUGAAGCAUUAGAAACGACAAUGCAGCAACAAACUCAGCGAGUCGCCCAAUGGUUGGGCUUAAAACCGCAUUAUCCCAGAGCUAUGCAUACGCUGGUUGGUCGACCCCCACCAUUAAAAUUAAGCCAACAACCAACCUGUAGUCGUGUUUUUACAUUGCGCAGCACAUUGACCAACACAAGCCGGUCCAGCAGUAGUGGAGUUGCAUAUAGCGCCUAUGGACCAAACAAUAUUGUUAGUGGAAACGUGGCUCCUGGCGAAGAAGUUGACAACUCAUCGAGUGCCUACAACACUGGUGGCUCUAACAACAGUGCCUCGCCCCAUCAAAAUAUAACGAAUGUUGAUGAUGAUAUCACUGCCAACCAAAAGUUAGAAAACACAGUGACUGAUGGCCCCAGAGACUCAGUGGAUUCAACUGCUGUGAGCAGUAUGUUGCUGUUGCCAUUUGGCAAGUCUGGUCGUAUUGGUCUUUGUUCUUCCAAUUUGCCAACAGCGUAUGUCAGCGAGAGCCACAGCAAGGCAAGCUACGAAAAUGAGAACAUUCAACUCAAAAACGACCUUAAGUUAUUGGGAGUGAAGCAAACUGAAGAACCCUAUAGCCAUUGUCCACAGUUCAACGCGCCAAAUUUGAGUAGCUAUCACUUCGUAAGUAGUCAGGAGGUUGCAAAUAGAUGCCAUGAAUCCACAAGUUCAAAACGAAAUUCUGGACUGCCCAAUGGCGAAAACGGUGACGAAAUUCCAAUGGUUUGGAAAGUAAAGAGACGCCCAGACGGAACGAGAUAUAUUGUAAAAAGACCAGUGCGUAAUCGUCACCAAAUUGCUAUCCGGAAAAAUAUGCGCUGUAACGAGCUUACCACAACGGAAGAGGAUACAGUAUCUGAAGUCAAGAUUGGUCGGUAUUGGACAAAGGAAGAACGAAAGCGGCACAUUGAAAGAGCUAGAGAGAGGCGGCAUAAUCAGACGCAACAACAGUAACAGUAAUAGCUAAAGUAACAUUUUCCUCUGUAAUCAUUUAAUUAUUAUAUAGCUUUAACUACA